AUGUCCAACAAGUCACUAUCCACCUUACGACCAAGUCGAGAAAGCCCCUCACCAUUCACCAACGGCUCUCGCAACUCUCGCACGAAAUCUGACCGGCGCAAGUUGGCAACUGGUCACAUCGACGGUUUCCCAUUUGCUAUCCACGGCCACAGUGUAGACCUAGACGAUAACGGCAACAUCAGCUUCCGAACUCAGUUGGUCGGUUACUCAAGCACAAGCAGCUCCUCUGGUACCCGCCCCUCAGCCCGUCGGUCUUCCGUACUCGGCCGGAUACAGUGGUUACAAAAUAGUGACGAUGGGACCGAGUUCUGGGAAAACGGGCAACAAUUCCAAGCUCCUGGUGGAGAGGAUUUCGCCUGGAUACACAUCCUGUAUGAGCAGCCAUCCAUUUUGGAGCGAGUCAAAGAAUGGUAA